CGCGCACAAGUCGAAAGUGGGAAGGAAGAAUUCGACGGACACGCGCGCGUUCACACGCUCAAAUCAGAGAAGAAGGUCGCCCCCCCUCUCUCUUCACGUACAUUGUUGACACAGUAGCAUGGCCACCCCCAAGAUGGAGGAGAAUAACACCCUCGGCCGCCAGCUCUCUGCUGCGAACGAAGAGGCUUGGCUGUCCCUCGGCCGCAUCGCUGAGAUGAUGGGUGACGAUGAGAACACCAUGCUGGCUUACGAGAAGGUGCUAUCGCACAACCGCCUGAACGCCACGGCGCUAUUUGCUAUCGGUUGCUGCUACGAGAAGGUGGAGGACUACACGAAGGCUGCUGACUGCUUCCGUGGCCUUGUGUCGCUCAAUGAGCAGAAUUCGGACGCCUGGGGCCACCUCGGCUACUGCUGCCUCAUGAUGAACGACCUCACGAGUGCGCACACGGCCUAUCAAUACGCCAUGUACAACAACCCCAUGAGUCAGAAGGACCCAAACAUGUGGUACGGCAUUGGUCAGCUUUACGAACGUCUCGGAUCGCUUGAACACGCUCAAGAAUCGUUCGAGGCCGUGCUCCGUUUUGAACCCAACUUUAACAUGGCCCUAGAGGUCAAAUUCCGCCUCGGAAUCAUCGCCAAGCAGCGCGGAGACUACGACGGCGCUUUGGAACGACUCAAGUCGGUGCUGCAUGACGUGCAAGCCAACGUGCAGACCACUGAGAUGGCCAGCGAUAUUUGGACGCAGAUCGGACAUGUGUACGAACUCAAGGACGAGAUCCAGCUGGCCAAGUCCAGCUACCUCAAGGUGGCGGAACUCAAUCCCAACAACGCUAAGCCGCUGCAGCAGCUCGGCUGGCUCUGCCUCAAGCACAGCGAGCACCCGCCUGCUAUUGAUUACCUGAAGAAAGCUGUGACUAUCGACCCGCAGGACGGCAAGGGAUGGUACCUUUUGGGUCGAUGCUACAUGGCCGUGCAAGAGUUUGAGGAGGCCUACGACUCGUACAAGCACGCUGUGACUACGGACUCGCAGAACCCGAACGUGUGGUGCUCACUCGGUGUGCUUUUCUACCAAUUGAACCAGCAUCUGGACGCUCUCGACGCGUACUCGCGUGCUAUCAACAUCAACCCCAACAUUUGUGAAGUCUGGUACAACGUCGGAACGCUGUACGACACCUGCAACCAAACCAGUGACGCUCGCGAUGCCUACCAGAAGGCUGCCGAGCUUGGCGCGGACGCGCAGUUUAUUCGGGAGCGAUUGGAGCUCCUUCGCGUCCGAGAAACAGGCCAAUCCACGAUCGGUAUGGCCGGUGCCAACUCGGCUCCUGGUCCUUCAGAACCGCCCACUACGUCCCCCAUGCCGACGUUCUCAUCGAGACCCACGGCAGAUACUCAAUACCAGGCACAACAGCAAGGCGCUCCAGCACAAGGAGCUCAGCCUAACGGCGCUCCUCCUGUAAGUCAGGGUGCCCCGAUGGCUCACAUGCUUCGAGCAGGUGAAGCCCCCAUGAGCAUGAGCAUGGGCAGUGCACCUACGACGAACUCGAUGAGUGUUAGCGGCCCAGAGACCAGCAGCGGCAUGGCACGCGGAAUGCCUGUCGGUAGUGCUGGCAUGAGCAUGAUGCGGGGUAUGGGUCGGAGUGCCCCUAUGAACGGUGGUGGGAUGAUGCCUCGCGGUGUCAUGGGCGGUAUGGUGCCAGGCAUGCAGCACCCGCAGCAGGCUCAGCAGAUGCAGUCGCAGCACCCGCAGGCCCAGGCUCACGCACAAGCUCAAGCCCAGGCACAUGCCCACGCCCAAGCUCAAGCACAAGCGGCGCAGGUGGCACAAGCUCACCACCACGCACAGAUGCAGGCGCAGAUGCAAGCUCAGCAACAGCAACACGCGCAGGCUGUACACAUGCAGCAGGAUGGCCGUCGAGGAAUGCCAGGACGGCCAAUUAAGGAAGAGAACAAGGUCGGUGGCAUGCGCUACGCUAUGGAUGGCGGAGACCGCAAGUUGCAGGCUCCACCGCAGCGUCUUGCUGGGCUGAACCCAAAGAAUCUGGGUGGUCCGGGUGGCGUCCCGCAAGGUGGCCGUCGUGAUCGCUUCCCGAUCCCCAUGAGCGACCCGAAGCAGCAUCAGCAUCCGUCGCUGCAGCCGCCCCCUGGCAGACGUAGGCUACGGUAG